AUGUGUGCCGCCGGGAUGCCGCCCCUGGCGCACAUCUUCCGAGGGACGUUCGUCCACUCCACCUGGACCUGCCCCAUGCAGGUGCUGCGGGAUCACCUCCUCGGCGUGAGCGACGGUGGCAAAAUAAUGUUUUUAGAAGAAGCAUCUCAGCAAGAAAAACUGGCCAAACAGUGGUGCUUCAAGCCGUGCGAAGUGAGAGAGCUGAGCCACCAUGAGUUCUUCAUGCCUGGGCUGGUUGAUACACACAUCCAUGCCCCUCAGUACUACUUUGCUGGAAGUAACGUAGACCUGCCACUUUUGGAGUGGCUCACCAAGUACACAUUUCCGACAGAACAAAGAUUCCAGAGCAUUGACUUUGCUGAAGAAGUGUAUACCAGAGUUGUCAGAAGAACACUAAAGAAUGGAACAACCACAGCUUGUUACUUUGGAACAAUUCACACUGACGCAUCUCUGCUCCUUGCUGAAAUUACAGAUAAAUUUGGGCAGCGAGCAUUUGUGGGCAAAGUAUGCAUGGAUUUGAAUGACACUGUUCCGGAGUACAAGGAGACCACUAAGGAAUCGGUCACCGAAACAGAGAGAUUUGUGUCAGAAAUGCUUCGAAGGAACUAUUCUAGAGUCAAGCCCAUAGUGACGCCACGAUUUUCUCUUUCCUGUUCUGAGACUUUGAUGGGUGAACUGAGCAACAUUGCUAAGAACCAUGAUCUGCACAUUCAGAGCCAUAUAAGUGAAAAUCGUGAAGAAAUUGAAGCUGUGAAAAACUUAUACCCCAGUUAUAAAAACUACACAGAUGUAUAUGACAAGAACAAUCUUCUGACAAAUAAGACAGUGAUGGCGCAUGGCUGCUACCUUUCUGCAGAAGAACUUCAGGUGUUCAAUAAACGAGGAGCAUCAAUCUCGCAUUGCCCCAAUUCUAAUUUGUCGCUCAGCAGUGGCUUACUCAAUGUCCUAGAAGUCCUGAAACAUGAAGUGAAGAUAGGGCUGGGUACAGAUGUGGCUGGUGGUUAUUCAUCUUCCAUGCUCGAUGCCAUCAGAAGAGCAGUGAUGGUUUCCAAUACCCUUUUAAUUAAUAAGGUAAAUGAGAAAAGCCUCACCCUCAAUGAAGUCUUCAGACUAGCUACUCUUGGAGGAAGUCAAGCCCUGGGGCUGGACAGUGAGAUUGGAAACUUUGAAGUGGGCAAGGAAUUUGAUGCCCUCCUGAUCAACCCCAGAGCAUCCGACUCUCCCAUAGACCUGUUUUGUGGGGAUUUUGGUGGUAUUUCUGAGGCUGUUAUCCAGAAGUUUCUCUAUCUAGGAGAUGAUCGAAAUAUUGAGGAGGUGUAUGUGGGUGGAAAGCAGGUGGUUCCGUUUUCCAGCUCCGUGUAAGAUCCUCGGGCAUCUACAAAGUUCUCCGGGGAUAACGCGACUCU